AUGAGCGGCUACGACACCGACUUUAAUCGGUGGCGGAAAAAGUGGAACAAAGGAGACAUGUCAGUCAUGCCGUGUGCUUUGCGUCACACUACUUGCUACGCCAUACUUUACUACGCAUACGCCACCGGCGACAUGAUCCCGUUAUCUGCAGCAACAACGCUAGGUGUUGACGGGGUUGUCUUGGUGACGCGCAUAGCUAGCUUUUGCUACAUUGGUGUCGAUGUGUUCAUCCUGGCUUCCACUAUUGCAGAAUUUUCACUUAGCGUGAGUCCGCUGAGUCUCUCAACAAAUGCCCUACCAGAGGAUGUUCCAGUCGUCACAUGUCGAAAUAAACCAGCUCCAUCUGUCGUGCUUUUGUCGCCAAUUCAAGACGGUAAAUGUGACAGACAGGUCAGCUCAGUGGAUAGCCAGAGGAGUUCAAGUUUUGUCGCACUACGCUCUCCUGCUUGA